AGGGAAGAGAUUCUGCAGAGACAGACGAAAAGUUGACAGCAGAAAUUUAAAUCCAGGCCAGUGAUCCGUUUUUAUAUAAUUUCCUGUGUUUUUAUUGAAUCUGUCGAGUCUUGUAUUCUGGUAUUUCGCAACUGCAAGAGUUUUCGAGGAAUGGAAUAUGGCAACGACUGAGACACAGCUUAUGUUAAGCGUCGGGUUAAUCGAGAAAGAUGUGAAUGGUGACACGUUGUGGGUGUGGUGUUAUCCAUCUGUGACCUCUGAACUGAAGCAAGUUCUGCUUAAAAAGUGCUGCCUGACGCAGGAUGGACGUGAUUUCCACACCUUUGUGUUUGGUCAGUUCUGCCGCACCUGGUAUUACAUCACCACAGUGGAGGUACAGGAACCUACAGCACUGACCAAGGUCACUCACUUUUCGAUAGUUGUUACAGCAAAAGACUUCAACCCUGAGAAGUAUGCUGCUCUUAGUCGAAUACUCUGCAGGAUGUACAUCAAACAUGGCAGUCCCGUGAAGAUGAUGGAAGCCUACAUCACCGUCCUCACCAAAGGGAUUUGUCAGAGUGACGAAAACGGCUCAUUUCUUAUCAAGGAUUAUGAUGUCCGGAAAGCAUACCUGGCAGGUUCAGUCAAAGAUGUUGUUUCUCAGUUUGGUCUGGAGACGAUCAUCCUGUACACCGCCUUGAUGCUGAAGAAGAGGAUUGUCAUUCAUCAUCCUCGGAUUGAAGCACUGUUGGAGUUUACAAGAGUGCUGCCAGCUCUGACGUGGCACAGAAAAGACUGGUCCAUCCUGCAUCCGUACGUUCACCUGACUGAUGCUGAACUGGAGGAUUUGAAGAAAUGCCCUGGAUACGUUGCAGGAUUUGUAGAUCCAGAAGUGAGCAACAGAUCGGACUUGUUUGAUGUGUUUGUAAACCUCCCAGAUGGUGUCAUCACAGUGUCCCAGAGUGCCAAAGAGGCCAUGGCUAUGGGAAAAUUACACAAGGACAUCGGGCAGCUUAUCGUCCAGUCUGCAGAGGAUCCUGAGAGGUCUGAUAGUCAAGUCAUUAAGGAUAUUUCCCUCAAGACUAAAGAGGUCCUUUCCAACCUGGUUGCUCUGGCUGCAGAGUGUGAAGACUCUAAAAUCACACUGGAAGCAUUAAAGCAGCAUCAUUUCCCACCAGCCACCGAGAACUUCCUUUUUCAUUUGGCAGCUGCCGAGCAACUCUUACGGAUAUAAACCAGCUCUCUGAAGCUCUGCAGCAGAUCGAGGUUACUGUCAGCAGCUUGGACUCCGGCUUUGCUUGGGUUGGUAUGCUGGGAUGAUUACCGUUUUCUCAAAGGCAGUUUUCUUAUCUCAAAAGUGUGAGCAGAAAAUUAGAUUUUAUUGCGAACUGUUAACACGAGGAGCUCCUCCAUUAUAGAAUUAAAGGUAAAUUUGGCAAAGUUUAAAAUCUGUUUUAAUACGAAGCCAAAGUAAGUGCCAUCCUCUUUUAUUACUGCUAACACAAACUCUGCAGGUAGUUUUGAGUGAAUAUCACAUCAGGCAGGAUGUGUGUUAAUCCACUGCUAAAAGUAGUCCCUCUAAAAAGCACUAUAGGCUGCUGUCUGGGUAAAGUCUAUGGAGGCUGGUUGUUUGGAGAUACUGCGCCUUUUUUUUUUUUAAUUUUCUUCCCUGAAAUAAAUUAUUGGGAGGUGAAAAAACACUUUAUAUGUCAGGACAUGUUUUUACCUAGUCCUUUUCAGGUCUGCAAAUUAGCCAAUCACAACCUCAAAGAAACAAACACAACACACUGCAGCGUCUUUUUUUUUUUUAUUUAAUAACAGUAAGCCAAAAUCUAGACGCAAAGAAUAUAAUUUCUUUUUCAUUCAAUUUUAUCUGUGGUAAGUGUCCAGCAGGGACCAUCGUGCUCAGGUCCGACUGCCACGGGUGCACCACUGCAGGACCGGCUCAAGUCUUCUCAUGGGGUUUGUUGGCAAUACUUUUACACUAGUGAAUCUGGGCUAUAGAGCUUCAGUCUGCAUCUUGCAUGUUGUGCCAUAUGAACCGAUACUUUUUCAGCUGGUACACCCAACAGCGUUUUUUCUAGCGUCAUUAACUGCAGUGUAAAGCUGCAUUUCCAAACAUUAUGAACAGCAUGUGCUCACUGAAGAGGCGCAGCUGAAAUAACCUACAUGUGACAAACGCUUCUAUUGAGUUAGUUGAUAGAAACUGUGUUGGAUGGGGUUAUCCAAUCACAAUAGCAUCAAACAGUGAACAACCUGUUUGUUUUUUUUUAACGAUGUUAACAUUUUGUUUUCUACUAAUGACAUUAGUGCUGCACACCACUGAGAUCCAAGCAAACUGAGUUACGUUGUCACAUUUCUUUUUACGUCAGCCUACAACUGAUAAAAUAAUGAUUGAUGCUUUUAUCCAUGUUGAUUUUAUUGCAUCAUUUGUCUGGAUGGUUUUAAUUUUUUCUCAUUAUUGUGUAAGAUGUACAUAAAACAGUGACACAGAUGUCUUGUUGCCUCAGUAUUUCAGGUAAGACAGAGUGCAAUGCAUAAAAAUGCUCAUGUAACUUUGAAAACUAAAUGUAUUUUCAUGAAUUGAUGUAAUAUUAAUUAUUUCUAUGAAUUUACUUGAUAACAGUUGAAUAAAAUUACUAUCAAAAAGUA